AUGGCUGAACCCUCGCUUCUGACCCAGCUCCAGAACCAACUCCAUCCCGAUCACCAGGAUACCAUCUACGGUAAUCCCGAGGUGGAGGCUGUUGUCGUUGAGAAUAAUGUGGCUGUCGAAGAGACCCUCGAUCCUGUCGUCGAGACUCCUGCUCCCGCCGCUACUUCCCGAACUGGCCAAAUCGAUCUUGCAAACGACGACCUCUUCCCCGCCCUUCCGGCUCCGUCUGCUCCUCGCCAGCCUCUUGUUGCCUGGGGCGCUGCUGCUGGUAGCAAAGUCACGGCUAAGCCUUUGCUCAAGUCCAACACCGUUACCGAGAGACUGGAGGUUCCCGUUCAGAUUCAGGGCCAGCCGGAGAAGGGCUCAGCCAAUAUUCUCAAGCAGAUCAUCAGCCGCCACAAAGUCAAGAUCGAGACCCUGACAAGAAAGGAUCGUACUUUGACCUACGCUGUUACUGGAAAGCCUGAGGACACCAAAAACGCCAUCAAGGAUAUCCGCGCCCAACUGACCCUGCCUGUCGAUGAGCAGGUGUGGAUUCCUGGCAGCGUUCGUCCCCACCUUGUUGGCAAGGGUGGAUCGAACCUCAAGGCCCUGAUCAGUCGCACCAGCACCCGAAUCAACAUUCCCCGCCAGGCCGAGAAGACGGAGGAGCAAUAUGGCACCGAAGAGGACAUCGAGCAGCUGGUCACCAUCACCGGCGACUACUGGGGUGUCCAGCAGGCUAAAGUUGAGAUUCAGGAGCUCGUUGCCCAGAAGACCAGCAAGCUCGCUGUCCGUGUGAACGUCGAACGGUCCUUCAUUCCCUUGAUUGCCGGCCCCAACAACUCCCAGGUCAAGCAGAUCGAGUCCGAAACGGGCGUUCGUGUUCAUAUCCCGCCCCCGGUCCCCUCGCCCGAAAAGAACUCCAACGAAAUCCUGAUCGUGGGCGAGAAGGCUGGUGUCAAGGACGCUGAGCAGCGAGUCCUGGCCAUUUACGAGGACCUCAAGAAGAACACCAUCACCAUCUCCGUUCCCAUUCCCAAGCGCCAGCACCGCUUCAUCAUCGGACCUAAAGGCUCUGUUCUUCAGGAGAUUCUCGAAAAGACCGGGUGCUCCAUCGAGGUUCCUUCUUCCUCGGAAGACAAUGAGAACGUUACUGUCCGCGGAUCUACUAGCGCUGUCAGUGUUGCCUUGGCCGUCGUUUUCGAGAAGGCGCAGUCCAAGAUCAUUGAAGAAAUCGACGUUGCCAAGCUCAUUGCCAAGGAUACCAACGUCGCCUUUUUCCUGCGCUAUCUGUACACCAAGGAGCGUCAGGUCCUGAAAAACAUCGAGUCUGCCCACAACGCCACCAUCAUUCAGCUUGCGCGCGACGGUGCUCACAUCCCUGUGCUCGAAGUCCAGGCCACCAACAAGCUGGACUCGGACCAGGCCGUCAGCGAGCUCACCCAGUGGCUGAAGACUGCCGGUGCUGAGCUCUUCCUCAGCUCUGUUGAGAUUCCUCGCGGGCUCCACAAGUUCAUCAUCGGAAAAGGUGGGGCCGGCAUUCAGAAAAUCAAGUCCAAGGGCGAAUACGAUGGCCGCCUUGUCGACAUUGUGGUGCCCAGCGAAGCUGAUGACAGCGACGACGUCAUCUUGGUGGUUCGUCGCAAGGCACCGGCCAGCCAGAGCCCCAAGGAUCUGGCUGCUGUCCAGGUGGAGGCUUAUGGGCUGGCCGAGCGAAUCAAGAACGACUUGAUCUCGGUUGCCUCGACUCUGGCCGAUCUUGUGACCCUCAAUAUCCACAUCGAUACCAAGUUUCAUGGGCGCCUUAUUGGAUCGCAGGGCACUGCUCUGAAAGAGCUCCUUGCCCCUUACGACAAUGCUGUUUCGGUCAAGUUCCCCCAGCCCCCCUCUGGCAAGGACAAGACCGAGCCCAGCAAGAAGGACAAGGCCGAGUCUGUCGAUCCCACCCUCAUUGUGAUCAAGGGUCCCAAGAAGGAGGCGGCCGAAGUCGUCGACAAGAUCAACAAGCUGGUCAGCGAGUUCAAGCAUAUCCAAGUCAUGAACUCGUUCUCGGAGGUCGUCAAGGUCCCCAAGGGCCUCGCACGUCGUGUUCUCGGCCAUCAGGGCGGCGCACAAUCUGCGUGGGUCGUUCGCACCCUCAAGGAGGCCGUUGCCCAGGUUGGCCAUCCCGACCGCGAGCAGACCAAGCUGUUGGAGACCCUCAACUCCACCAUGCUCAAUGUCCGUAUCGAGAUCGAAGAGGCAGGCAGUGACGACAUUAUCACUGUGUUCGGCCCCAAGAAUGUCGUGAGCGCCGCCAAGGAUGCUAUCAAGGCCCGGGCGACCAAGGUGGCCGAUACCAUUCAGGUGGACUUUGAUCUAUUCGAGGAAAUCUCCCGCGACGCCAGAUCUGUCCUGUCCGAGUUUGGCGAUGAGCUCAAGCGCAAGAUUCUCCGCCGCGUCAUUGGCAAGGAGGGCAAGGUCGUGCGCCGUAUUAGCGACCAGUAUAAUGUCAUUAUUCGUUUUGCUGGCGGCAGAAAGAGGGGUGCCAAGAAGGUCGAGGAUGCCGAGGAAGCCGAAGAUGUCGCCACCGAAGAAGCUGUCCAGGAUGAUGAGCCGCAGACCCCCACCGGACAGGUCUCGAUCAAGGGCGACAAAGCCGAUGUUGCCGGCGCCAAGAAAGAGAUCCUUGAUCUGGUUGAGCACGAGAUCCUGAACUCGUAUGUGGUCAUCUUUGAUGUUCCCAAGGCAUGCCUGCCUCGCAUCCUCGGCCGCCAAGGCGCCACCGUGAACAAGCUCAAGGAAGAUCUCAGCCUCCACAUCGAAUUUACCGACAAGGAAAUCUCUGAGAGCGAGAUCGUCAUCGAGAUUCUGAUCGAAGGCACCCGCCAAAACUGCCAGACUGCCAAGGACAGCAUGCUGGGAGUUGUCGACGAAAUGGUCAAUGUCAAAAGCAUCGAGCUGGCUAUUCCCCAGUACCUGCACAAGAGCAUCAUUGGUCAGGCUGGCACCAAGAUUCGCAAGGUGAUCGACGACUUUGGUGGCCCCGACAAGGUCCGAGUGCGCUUCCCCCGGGCUGGAGAGACCUCGUCGGACCAGAACACCAUUUCGGUGACAGCCCACGUGUCCAUUGUGGACCAAGUUGUCGCGCAGAUUCAGAAGCUCGCUCAGGAAGCUAUCGUCGGCGAGGGCCAGACCAACGGCGGUAUUGUUGAAGCCCUCAAGAGCAACGACUACUCGGCCGAGGCCGUGGUGGACAUUCCCAAGUCUGAAUCGAACGCUGUGCUUGGUCGCAACCACGAGGGCCUCAAGGAUGCCAUGAAGAAAUACCAUGUUAUGAUCUGGGUUCUCGAUGAGAACCGCGAAGAGCAUACCGUGCAGCUGAAGAUUGCCUCUGGAAACGAGGCCAACGUCAAUGCUGCAGCGGACUUCCUUCGGGCCAAAAUCCGUGUCUCGCAGCGUGUCCCCGUUCCCUCCAAGAUUCUGGAUGCCAUCAAGGAGGGAAACGACACCGAGGCGCAAGCUCUUCAAGAAUGUGUCAAGAAGCUCCGUGGCGAGCAGGUCUUUGGUAGCGCUGUCGAGGUUGGCGGCGGUGCCUUGAAGGGCAGUGCUGGUGGCUUUGUCUUGAUUCGCGGAGACAAUGCCGCUGUCGAGAAGGCUGUGGCUGUCGUUACCGCAGCCCUUGCAAAGCUGGCCAAGGCUGAUGCCAGCGAGCGAAUCGACGUUGAGCCCGAGCUCUUCCCUCAUAUCAUUGGCCGGGCCGGAACCACCAUCACCCGCAUCCGCACUGAGACCGGUGCUCAGGUCGAGGUCAUCCGCAAUCCCCAGGGCCCCAACUUUGUGAUGAUCCGAGGUAGUGCCGAGUCAAGCAAAAAGGCCGCUGCCGAAAUCCACAGGAUCGUCAGUGAACAGGCGCAGCACAGGGCCUUGGAUGCCAAGCGCAGAGCGGAGCAGGAGGCCAAGGCCCAGAUCCGCGCCGGCCCGGCCCGUAUCGACGACGAUGUCAACGACGAGGCCUCAUCAACCGGCACCCCUAGUGGCGCCCGAGUCGUUCCCGGGUACAGCAAGGCUAGCGCUGCCAAGCACUCGAAGCAAGUCACUUCGAUUCAUUCGGCCCUCGAGAGCCAGCAGCCCGACAGCUUCUAUCGCACUGCGGCUGUUUCUGCCUCCAAGGGUUCCGAGUGGCAGAAUGUCAAGACCAAGAAGCCCAAGAAGACUGCCGAAGAAGAGGCCAGCCAGGCCGUGGAGUCCGUUGCUACGCCCGCACCCGCCGUCCCUGGCGCUAGUGGUGAGACCACCCAGCCCAAGAACAAGAAGAAGAAGAAGAAGGCUCAGAGCAACGGCACCACUGCCGCGGCCGAGGAGGAGGCCGCUGACGCCUCCAUUGAGGCACCUGCUGUCGAGUCGUCCCCUGAGCUUGCCCUUGAGCCCGCUGUCCCGGAGACGGUGUUGCCCACUGCUUCUGGUGCUGUGUCUGCAGCUGCAAAAUUGCCUCAUUCGUUCCAGGACGACAUCUAUGAAGAGCCCGCGCCCGUCGAGGACGAGUGGCAGACCGUUCCAAGCACAAAGAAGGGCAAGGCUACUGGCAACGCUACUGGCAACGCUACUGGCAACGCCACCGCCGCUGCUGCUGCUGUCGACGCUGCUUCGGAGUCUGUCGAUGGCGAGACCACGAGCGCCAAGAAGAAGAAGAACAAGAAGAAGAAGAAGAAGACCAGCGAGGACCAAGUCGCCAUGCCCGGGGAUGAAGAUGAGUGA